UAUUCUAUUUGAGCACUUAAAAAUGUUAAGGAACCCUACCGUUAGAGCAUCUCCCCUAUCGAAUCCAUUUUUUUCUUUUUAAGUUUACGAGGUACAUUAUUGGACUGUAAAGCUAUAUAAAUAAAUCUCUACUGUAAAUAAAUCGAACUGAAGCUUGCGCUAAAACAAAGCAUUUCACAGAUAACAAUUCUAAACGCUCUGUAAAUUGUUGAAACAUGAUGGAAGAAUCAUUACCAGCAGCACUAGCACUUCCGGCUGCGUUUGUGGAGUUUUUGAAGGGCAACGGGAUUGAUCCUCGUAUAUAUGCUGCUACUGCUGCCCAAUCAUUCCCCCGCUACGUGAGGGUGAAACCUGGAGUUGAUUCUGAUAUAUCCAAGAUUGAGAAUGAUUUUGAGUUCAAAUUUGAGCCUGUACUAUGGUUGCCUGGUUUCUUUAGUAUUCCUCCACAAGCUCAAGUUGCUAGUUCUGAGGCAUAUAGACAUGGAAAGAUUUAUGGAAUGGAUGCAGCAUCUGGAGCUGCUGUUCUAGCCCUGAAUGUCAAUCCUGGAGAACAUGUUCUAGAUCUAUGUGCUGCACCAGGAGCCAAACUCUGUAUGCUUGCUGAUCUUUUGAAGAUGUCUGGUACAUUGACUGGUGUUGAUAUUGCUAAACAUCGUUUGGCAGCAUGUCGCACCAUGCUACAGAAAUAUGAACUGGGAGACCAUUGUCGGCUUUUUGUUGCUGAUGGGACUUCAUUUAAUUUGUUACCCAUAAGAAAACCUGUUGAGUUAGAAUGCAACAAUGAUCAUGAGAUAAAUGGUAAAUCUGGCUUACCUCAAGAUAAAUUAAAUGAUACAUAUGGAGAAUGGACAUCCAAAAGAACAUGGAAAGAAAGGCGCAAUUCAAGAAGAGCACCACAAUUCAUUGAUUUAAAAAGUAGUUUAGAACCCAAAGAACCAGAGAUGAUUUUCUAUGGCAAAGAGUCUGGAAUUGUUGGCUUGAAAAAAUCAUCUGUCUUUCAGAAUGGAAAUGGACAAGAUAUUUCAGAGGCAGGGUAUGAUAAAGUUCUUGUGGAUGCUGAAUGUACUCAUGAGGGAUCAAUAAAACAUGUAUGUAAAUUUGAGCAGUGGGGGUGGGACACACUCAAACGACGUCUAUUAGAUAUUAAACGUAUCAACUCUAUCAGUCAUUUGCAGCUGCAGCUUUUGAAUAAUGGGUUUAGAUUGCUGAAGGUCAGCGGCAUCCUUGUUUACAGCACUUGCAGCUUAACAACUACUCAAAAUGAGGGUGUUGUGGAGCAAUUUCUCGCAGUAAAUCCUAAUGCCAGACUUCAGGAGAUUGAGAUUGCAAAAGAUUGGCCUUGUAAAAGUGGGUCUAUUGAGUACACCUUACGCUUUGAUCCAUUGUUCUCAAAAACUAGCGGUCUUUUUAUAGCAAAGAUUGUUAAAGUGGCAUCAUUGGAAACAUAUGUAUUCUGAUUAGCAUAUCCCGGUCUGCUUAUUGUCGAUGAAUUUUUUGAAUCACUUGUUUAUGUGUAUUAAUUUUAUCAUAUAUUUAUAGCUUUUCUCUUCCCUUU